GCCGCCCGCGCCGCGCUGCCCCGCAUCGUCAUCCUCUCCAAGGCUGCCUACUGCCUCCUCAGCUCCCCGAGGAGCGGGACUCUGCCGCCCUCCUCCUCCCUCCUGCCCCACGCCGACGUGUCCUGGCUGAGCUCCCUGCGGCCGCUGCUGCACAAGGACAUGAGUGCUGAGGAGCAGUCUCUCUACUACAGGCAGUGGACGACCGUCCGGCAGCACCACGCCGACUCCAGCAACCAGGGGGAGACCUCUGGCCUCAGGAGCUUCCACCCCAGGAGGCUGCUCCUGACAGGACCGCCCCAGGUAGGAAAGACUGGCUCCUACCUGCAGUUCCUGAGGAUUCUCUUCCGCAUGCUGAUCCGCUUGCUGGAGGUGGAUGUCUAUGAUGAAGAGGAGAUUGAUGCCAAUCAUACAGAGAGCAGUGAAGUUACUCAGUCUAGCAAUGACCACUGGCCAGACAUUGAGAUCUUCAGCAAAAUGUCCUUUGACCUGAGUGUACAUGACCCCAAGUACAGAACUAUAAGUCCUGUGUACACAGAACAACUCUCCAAAGUGAAACAAGAAACAAGCAAAGAAAGAAAAACAGAGGAACCUAAGAAAAGGGAGACUGUGUCCAUGAUGCUGACUAAAUAUGCAGCUUACAAUACCUUCCAUCACUGUGAGCAGUGCCACCAGUAUAUGGACAUUAAUCCUGCUGCACAGAUACCCGACUCCACUCUGCAUGCAUUCACGUUUUCAUCCUCCAUGCUGGGAGAAGAGGUCCAACUGCAUUUCAUAAUCCCCAAAUCCAAAGAGAAUCAUUUUGUCUUCAGCAAGCAGGGAAAGCAUCUAGAAAGCAUGCGUCUGCCCCUCGUCUCUGACAAGAACCUGAAUGCAGUCAAGAGCCCUAUCUUCACUCCCUCGAGUGGACGCCAUGAACAUGGCCUCUUGAACCUCUACCAUGCCAUGGAAGGCAUCAGCCACCUGCAUCUCCUUGUGGUCAAGGAGUAUGAAAUGCCACUGUACCGCAAGUACUGGCCCAACCACAUCAUGCUGGUGCUGCCAGGGACGUUCAACAACGCCGGCGUGGGUGCUGCCAGGUUUCUUAUUAAGGAACUUUCCUACCACAAUCUAGAGCUGGAGCGGAACCGGCUGGAGGAGCUGGGGGUGAAGCGCCAGUGCGUGUGGCCCUUCAUCGUGGUCAUGGACGACUCCUGCGUCCUCUGGAACAUGCACAGUGCCCACGAGCAGUCCAGCCAGACCCUGGAGCCCGGGGGUUCCAGCAAGAACGUCUCUCUGAAAAGUGUCCUCCAACACAUUGAAGCCACCCCAAAAAUUGUUCAUUAUGCAAUCCUGGGUGUUCAGAAAUGGAACAGCAAGCUGAAUUCCAGGAAAGCAAAGGCUCUGUUCUCCAGGUGCCACGUGCAUGAUUUCAUACUGCUCAACAUAGACCUGACCCAGAACGUGCAAUACGACCUGAACAGGUACUUCUGUGAAGAUGUGGAUUUCAACCUGCGCACCAACAGCAGCAGCCUCCUCAUCUGCCGCUUCAACAACUUCAGUGUCAUGAAGAAACACAUCCAGGUUGGGGGACAAAAGGACUUUGUGGUGAAGCCAAAGAUCAUGGUUUCAGACAGCCUGGCCCCAAUAAUGCCUCUGCAGUACGUCUGUGCCCCCGACAGCGAGCACACGUUGCUGGCAGCCCCUUCCCAGUUCCUGCUGGAGAAAUUCCUUCAACACGCCACGUACAAACUCUUCCCCAAGGCCGUCCACAACUUCAAGAACCCAGUGCUGGCCAUCGACUGCUACCUGAACGUGGGGCUGGAGGUGGCCAUCUGCUACGUCAGCUCGCGGCCGCACUCGGUGAACGUGGACUGCGCGGGGGUGUCCUUCAGCGGGCUCCUGCUCUACCUCUGCGACUCCUUCGUCGGCGCCGAGCUGCUCAAGCGCUUCCGCUUCCUGAAAGGUGCCACCCUGUGUGUCAUCUGCCAGGACCGCAGCUCCCUGCGGCAGACCAUCGUGCGGCUGGAGCUGGAGGACGAGUGGCAGUUCCGCCUGCGGGACGAGUUCCAGACCGCCAACAGCAGCGAGGACAAGCCCCUCUACUUCCUCACCGGCCGCCACAUCUAG